AAACAUUCGUUACAAAAAGAAAUGAAUAUAUUCAGUGUGAUUUUGAUAUUAUCUUUUAUUCUUUUUUAUGGUUGCGAUACAACUGAAGCAGAUUCAGUUCCAGUUUGUAUAAGGAAUUGCGUACAAUGUAAACAAAUGCUAGGAGUUUACUUUCAAGGAAGAGCUUGUGGAGAUUCUUGCGUUGUUAGUAAUGGAAGAGAGGUGCCGGAUUGUAAUAAUCCGAGAACUUUGGGAGUUUUUUUAAAAAGAUUUCUGUAAAUUAAAUAUUAGUUAG